AAAAUGCUUCCGCCGAUGGGCGGAGAUGCAAAUGGAGGGUCAUUCCAUGAAGACCUGAACAAUGUCCUUGCCUGCCCCGACUGCAAGGAGUACCCUCCGAACUUGAUUGAAGAGUUCUCGAGCGGAGACAUGGUCUGCCAGAGCUGCGGUGUCGUCGUCGGAACACGCAUCAUUGAUACGAGGUCUGAAUGGCGUACGUUUGCCAAUGACGACCAAGGUGGCGAUGAUCCGAGUCGUGUCGGCGGACCGCAGGAUGAGUUCGUCGAAGGCCAGCAUCUAGCCACGACUGUUGCCUUUUCAGAGUCCAAGGCUCACAAGGCCUUAUCCCGCACCCAAAACAAUGCCAAUCAGGACAAGGCUCAAAAGGGCUUAAUGCAGGCAUACAAGGAGAUUGUUGCACUCUGCGAGACGAUUCAUAUGGGAGCCAACGUCUCCAACGCUGCCAAACACAUCUUCAAGCUCGUUGACAAGCACAAGUUUAUGAAGGGCAAGCCUCAGGAGGCCGUCAUUGCUGGGUGCAUCUUUAUUGCAUGCCGACAAAACAACGUGCCUCGAACAUUCCGGGAAAUCUUCAACCUCACUAGUGUCAGCAAGAAGGAAGUCGGCAGGGUCUUUAAGCAGCUACAGAAUUUCCUGCAAAAGAUUCAGGACAACGAGGGCGAGAGCGGUUCCGGAUUGAAUACCGUCACCAACUACGAAAACACCUCUGUUGGUGCCGAAGAUCUCUGUGGUCGUUACGUGUCUCAGCUGGGCUUUAAGAACCAGCAAAAGAUAUCCAAAAUCUCCCGAGAUCUCGCAGAGCAGGCCACCGACAUCUCCGCUCUGGCAGGCCGAUCGCCCCUGUCUGUUGCGGCCGCUUGCAUCUACAUGGCGUGCCAUCUUAUGGGGGAGCCGCGGUCAUCGGCUCCUAUUGCCAAGCAGACCGGUGUUAGUGAUGGAACUGUCAAAACCGCUUACAAGUUCCUCUUUGCUGCCCGUGAUCAGCUGAUCAAGAAAGAAUGGCUCCAAGAGGGUGGCAAGAUGGAGAACAUUCCGCAAGUCCAAGUCUAGGACACUCAUCUAUUAUAUAGGUGCAGCGUGUGAGACACGUUUUGAUAAACACCUCGGAUCGAUCUGCUUUGUUGCGUUGCAGUCUUUGUUUGUCUUUUUUCUUUUCUUGUCUUUCAAGCUGCCGCGCUAUAGGUCGAAGGGCGUUUAUUGGCGAAACAGGGUGAUUUUGAGACGGAACAAGCUAAAGACAAGGGAUGCUCGUUUGCACUGUUUUUUAAGUUUAAUAAUAGAGACUGGGGAAAGAAAAUAAAUUGGCCUUGCAGAAGGGAUGGCUGGAGAGCGCGAGACUGCGACUCUUGUGCCUGGACAUAUUUGGCAGCCUCUCUUUUUUUUUUUUCGUCCACUUCUUUUGCCGUUUUGCUAUAAGAGAACAAUGUAUCUCAGACUGUAUAGAUUCGAAUAGCAAAAAAUACAGAGAGCAUUUGCGUAUUCGUGGUUACCUUUAUAGCCAGGCACG